CUUUUAUUUACAUUCAAUUUUGCAAAAUCGUAAUUUAAGAAUUUUAAAGUUUUUGAUUAAAUAAUGGCUUUAUUGUUAAAUAUUACUGGUGGAAGCUCUGACAACAGUUCAAAGAAGGAAAGCAAAAAUUAUCAACAAAGUAUCGCACCUUCUGGAUUUUCGUUUGAAUUUAAUCCAGGCGAGAAAGCUAAAGCAACAGUUUUAGCAAGGAAACGACCGUCGAAAAAAGAAGAAGCUCCAAAGAGUAAUGACUUCAAACUAAUAGCAAAUAAUGAGAAAUCAGAAGACAAACCAAAAUCAAAAGGUAGCAAAAAGGAAAGUAAAAUAACUGACAAGACGAUAGAUGAGCUAAUUGGAAGAAAUGCAGAGCCUAUGAAGCCAUUAGGCAUUUUUGAAUUUCCUGAUGAUCCAGUUGUUACGAAUAAAAAGAACAGAAAGAAUCAACAGAAAAAGAAUGAAUUGCCAGUCGUGGAUUUUACAAAGGAACCGAUUAGAAAUGACAGAAUCAUGAAUGCAAAUGAACGAAAGAAGUUAAAAACAAAAUUCUCAAAGGUCUCAAAUCCAUUUCCUAAUGAGCCAUCAAAAAAUGUCAAAGCAAAGAAGCAACAAGAAAAAGAUCAGAAUAAACAGCAAGAGCAUCAAACAAAAUCACCGAAAAAGGAUAUACAAGAGAAAGAUUCACCCUCAUUAGGAGUUCAAAGUCAAAAUUCAAGCGUAUUUACUAUCGACAGUGUUGAUUCAUUAAAUAUUCAUCAGUUUUCCAUUAAGAACUUGAAAGAAGUGUUAAAUUUCCAUAAAUUAACUCACGUACAGCAGAGAGCAAUUCCAUCAGCAUUAGAUGGAAAAGAUUUAUUAAUUCGAAGUGCUACCGGAUCUGGAAAAACUCUCUGUUAUGCAUUAGUGAUUGUUGAAAAAUUACAGAAAAUAACGCCUAAACUUACGAGAAAUCAAGGCAUUCAUGCACUUGUGAUAGUUCCUACACGUGAACUUUGUGUCCAAACGUUUGAAGUAUUUCAGAAAUUAUGUAAACCAUUCACAUGGUUAGUUCCUGGAUAUUUGAGUGGCGGUGAGAAAAGAAAAACAGAAAAGGCAAGAUUAAGGAACGGAAUUACGAUUCUAGUGACAACACCAGGACGUCUUUGUGAUCAUUUAAUUCAUACAGAAUCUAUGAAGCUUGACAACGUCCAAAUGUUUGUGCUAGAUGAAGCUGAUCGAUUACUGGAACUUGGAUAUGAAAAUGAUGUUAAAAAAGUUGUUGACACAAUAGCUGAACAUAGUAAGAAGGCCAAUAAAGAUAUCCAGAAAAUUCUUUUAUCAGCUACACUGUCAGCAAAAGUAAAAGAGUUGGCAGGUCUGACAUUAGAAAGUCCAAUCUAUGUAGAUAAUGAAAAUUCUAAUACAAUAAAUAACUUAAUGGAAAUAGAUGAGAACAUAACAAUUCCAUCAGGCAUUAAACAAAAGUACUUUAUGUUGCCACCUAGGAUGCGAUUUAUUGUAUUGUGCUCAUUGUUAGUACAAAAAAUGUCGCACGGAUCACGAAAGAUAUUAAUAUUCUUCCCAACGCAACAUGUUGUUGAUUAUCAUUAUGAUGCAUUAGUCGAAUUUCUCACACAAUCGUUCACGAAAAAGCCAAAAACAGCAAAAUCGUAUUUGAAUAAUGAUGAUGAUGCUGAUAUAGACGAUAUGCUUGAGGAACAAGAAGAGAGUGAUGAUGAGGAUGAUGGGAAUAUUUGGCUCCCUAAUGUGACAAUUUUUAAACUUUUCGGAUCGAUGACACAAAUUGAGAGGGUUUCUGUAUUUCGUGAAUUUAAAGCCUCUAAAACUGGGAUUUUAUUGUGUACUGAUGUCGCAGCGCGAGGUUUAGACGUUCCACAAUUGGAUUUGGUUAUUCAAUAUUCAGCACCACAGGAGUUUUGUAAUUACGUUCAUAGAAUUGGCAGAACAGCACGAGCAGGAAAUAAAGGAUCUGCAAUCAUCUUUUUAACAAGCAAUGAAGAUAAAUUUAUAGACUUUUUGCGAGAAAAGAACAUAGACAUAACAGAGGAUGAUUAUACGAAGUCGUUGAAGGAAGUUCAAUUACCAAACAUGAAAACGAGAAAUUUUGAAGAGAAAAUUAUAACACUUCAGCGAAAAUUAGAGGACCUGCUGAGUGAGGAUGAGGAAUUGAGAAUAAAAGCAUCCCGAGCAUUUACAUCAUGGAUUUGUUAUUAUAAAACAUUUUCAAAAGAGCUCCGACAUAUGUUUAAUUUGCAUGAGAUUCAUAUGGGACAUCUUGCAAAUAAUUUUGGUCUGCGCGAUGCACCGAAAUCGAUCGUUAGGCAGUUCGCAAAGGGUGAAGAAGGAAGGAAGGAGAAGAAUAAGAAUUUCGAUUUUACACAUCGAGUUCAUGUCCCGAGAGGUGAUCAAAGGUCUUUCCAACGUCUCAAAAGGAAGCACGCUGACUUUUCAAAAACAAAUUUCGGAAAGACUUCAAAUAUUUCAGAAUUUGACAGUGGAUUGCCAGAAUUGAAGAAAAAGAAGUAAGGAUGUGUAAUUAUCGCCUUAAUUACAGUCUAUAUGUAUAAGCAUGUACAUAAAAUCAAAGAAAUAAAUUAAAGAUGAAAUGUUUAAUAAAAUACAUCAUUAAUAAAGCUUUAAACUGAU